AUGGAGAUCCUCACCCAAAUAUUGAGUCCUCAUAUUGCUUCGAAAACAACAGAACGGGGUAGCCGUGAACCUAAACGCGAAGAGUAAGUGACUGUUUCAUAGUGCGUUUCACUCGUUUUGUGUCCUUUUCAGAGCUUCCCCAGCUAUUGUUUUCCCAGACGAUGACGCGCGUUUCUUGUUGGAUGACAAAGAUUUGGCACCUUUGCCUUCUCCAAUCAUCACCAUAAGACCCAAAAAGGUAUGGACUGCUUUUUUUAUUGCAAUAAUUUGCAGGUUUUUCAUAGAUGAAAUCAAAAACUUUUUUUAUUUUUUUUCAUGGAAUUUCUGAUAUUGCGCAUGGGUAUGUUAAAACUUGUAGUCCAAAAGAAAAUAAAUUUACUUAAACUUUAUAGCUUUUUUUGGAUAUUCAAAAAGCUUUUUUUCACAUAUAAUAUUUACUUUCUGAAACUGUAAUAAAUAGCUUUUUUUUAGUCGAUGAUAUGAUAAAAAAAAAUUAAAAUUGCCACAAAAUCCAAAAUUUCCUUAUCAAUUUUCAGGGAAAGCGGAACCUUUUCGCUGAGUUCUGCAAACCUGGCGCAGCUUCAGGGAUCGUGGACAAUGUCGCAGCAGAAGUUGUCGUCCAAACUGAAGAACCUCCAAAAAAACCGGAAAAAGGUAGAAAAUGUCGGGCAUUCUGGAACUGUAGUUUGUUCAUGAAAAGUUUACUAAUAUUUCAGAAACUUCAAGUUUUAAUGCAUUUUUUUUGUGCUGGAAUAAACCGGGCUUGUAGAGUGCAAAUUCAAAAUUUUUAGCAAGAAACUAUGAGUAGACUUUAACUGCAAAUGAAGCAAAAACGAUAAGUUAUUGGGAGCCUGACCUUCCAGGCAGGACUGUGAGGUCAAAAAUGGCAUGCCAUCGAGACCAACAAGCCAGAGGCAAACAAAUGACUCGCACAUCUUUCUCACAAUUUUUAGCCUUUUCUCUCUUUUCCCUCUCUUAAAUUUUUGUAUCUUUUAAUUUAGAUUUUUUCGCAAUUCAAAUUCCUUAGUCAAAAUCAAAUAUUCAGGAAAUAAGUUACAGUGGCAAUGAAUGAUGAAGGAGAUAAACGGGAGGGUUUUGCAGAAUCUAGCCGUAUGGAAAACUCUCUGCUGCUCACAACCAAACGCUUCAUUAAUUUGAAAAACCACAAUCAGGUUCAGUUUUUAUUUACCUAAAAAGGUUUAAAAAAAAUUUAGCAAGUGAAUUUGAAUGAAGCCGCUGUGAUGCUAGGAGUUCCGAAACGACGGAUUUAUGACAUUACAAAUGUCUUGGAAGGAAUCGAAUACGUUGAGAAGAUCGGCAAAAACAGCAUCAUCUUCAAGUUUGUUUUUAGCGACUUUUUGCAAUUUUUGAUGGAUAAAACAGUGCAUUUGAAAAUGAGUAAUGGUUCAGGGAUUGUUUCAUUUCCUUUGUUUAUUUUCUCAGAGUUUCUUAAUCAAAAGAUACACCAUCACUCUGAAACUUUGAGUUCAAUAUUCAACAAAAAUAAUUGUUCAGUAUAUUAUUAACGGCAUAGAAACGUUUUGACAAGUUAUCUGGUUUGAUUAGAGUAUCAUUUUUAAAACUAAUAUAUUUCUAACGUGAAUCAUUACAGAGAAGAAAAUGUACCAAAGCAACUCAAGUGGAGUGAAAACGUGCUGGCGAAGCUUGCCGAUCAGGAAAGCAAUUUGGACACCUUGAUAAAAGAAGUCGCUGAUCUGCAAAAAAACUUCCUUGAAGAUCCCCGCAACAUUCCAUACAAGUAAGCCGUUUUCACAUUCAAAACUUCAUUUCAAACACAGUUACGUACGUCGAAAAGAUCUGAAAGUUAUGGAUCCUUUUGAUUCCAAAAUCACAAUUGCGAUCAGAGCUCCGAGCGAAUCUUCUACUCAAGUUGAGGUGCGUAAAUGUCAGUUGUUUCUUCAAAAUGAAUUCAUUAUUCCAGGUGUCAGACAACGUUCCCGCUGGAAGAUACCAACUGGUACUCCGAAAUAUUGAGAAAGUUCCGAUGGACGCUUUCAUUUGCACGAUUCCGGAAGCGAAAAUUCCUACGCCAAAGAAACCUUCUGUCAAAAAGAGUACGAGAAAGGUCAAGAAAGAAAUCAAGAAAGAAAUCAAGAAAGAAAUCAAGAAAGAGGUUCCCGAUGAUGAUGGUUAGUUGAAAUUUCGCAAGAUGGGAUAAUAAAUGUUUAUUAUAAAGAUGCUGUUUUCGUGCGACCGAAAGGACCGGUUUCGCGAGUUCAAGCAAUCGAAACUCCAAGUCGUCUUUCUCCUCGACCGUUUUUGAGCCCUCUUCGUGUAAGUUUUUUUCUAACAACACUUUUCCAUUUAUUUUGACUACUUCUUAACAAAAUUUAGAUUAACUAAAAUUCUCGAAAGAACUGGAAAUGUUGGAUUUUCCUAUCAUUGAUCCUCAGAGAGUUUUUAAAAAGAUAAAAAGCUGAUGAUUUCAGAGGAUGGUGGAUCCGAGUGCUCUGAACAGCUCUACAAGAUCUGAUGACUUGAUACCUCUCGUGACGCCAGUCUACAAGUUUUUCUACGAGGAACCUACCAGUGUCCUGGAUUUAUUCUGUUCUGAAGAUGGACAAGUGCUGUUGUAA